AUGUAUGAUAUUGGUUUAUAUAUUAAUACAAGAAUAUCUGACGAUAAGCUUAAGUAUGAUUUAUUGAAAAAACCAUGGCAGCCUCAUACUUCAUACAACUUUCCGGUAGUUUCAAAAAGAAAAUUAAAAUUUCAACUAUCUUGGAUUACUCGUUUUUCCUGGUUAGUAUAUUCAAUAAAACUAGAAGGUGCGUUUUGUAAAAUGUGUGUAUUGUUUUCAAAUGAAACAUCGGGAAAAGGUAGCUCUGUAAAAGUCGGUGCAUUAGUUAAUAAACCAUUUAAUAAUUGGAAAAAUGCUCUCGAAUGUUUUACAACGCAAUCAAAUGCUGACUAUCAUAAAUUGUCAACGUUAAGAGCGGAUGAGUUUGUUCAAAUAAUAGAAAAUAAAACAUUUGAUAUAGCUACACAAGUAGAUUCUUUUAAAAAAGCUCAAGUUAUCGAAAAUCGCUUAAAAUUAAUUCCAAUAAUAGAAACUAUUAUUUUUUGUGGUCGUCAAGAGUUAGCAAUGAGAGGUCACGACGAUAGUGGCCCUAUUUUUAAUUGCGAAAAAGAUAAUAAUGAUGGUAACUUUCGAGCUUUGUUAAGAUAUCGAGCAUUAAGUGGUGAUUUAACCCUAAAAAGUAAUUUGAUGAAUUCAUCGGGGAAAUCGGUUUACAUUAGUCCCAUAAUUCAAAAUGAAAUAAUACAAAUAUGCGGUUCUCUUAUUCAAAAAGACAUUGUGUUGAAAGUAAACCAAUCAAAAUUUUUUACUAUUUUGGCGGAUGAAACUAAUGAUAUAUCUCGCAUUGAACAAAUGUCUUUGUGUGUAAGAUAUAUUGAUAAUGGUUUUAUUAGAGAAGACUUUUUAGAAUUUGUUCCUAUUUAUGAUGCUAGUGGAAAAGGAAUGGCAUAUACAAUUAUACGAGAAAUAGGAAAACUAGGACUUAAAAUGGAAACUUUAAUCGGUCAAGGUUAUGAUGGGGCGAGUGCAAUGAGUGGCUUGUAUAAUGGUGUCCAAAUACCACAUGCACUUUACGUUCACUGCGCGGCUCAUUCACUCAAUUUAGCGAUAGGAAAAUCUUGUACCAUUCCUGAAAUACGAAAUUGUAUUGGUUCAGUCUCAACAAUUAUAAAUUUCUUUCGAAAAUCUCCAAUGAGAUCUGAGGUUUUAAAAGAAUGUAUAAAAAAACAUAUUCCAAGUACCCAACAAAGUACCCUUAUAAAAAUGUGUGAAACACGUUGGGUAGAUCGUCACGAAAGUAUGUUGAGAUUCAAAGAUUUAUACGAAGUUAUAGCUUAUGCAUUACAUAAUCUCGAAAAUAAUCAUAAUACAGAAACAUCACAACUCGCUUUUCAAUUAUCUAAGACUCAUCGCUCGUCUCAAUUUAUAAUAGCAUUAUAUAUCAUAGAAAAACUUUUUGCCUUUACAUUGCCAUUAUGUAAUGUAUUACAAAAAGUAAAUAGUGAUUUAUCUGAGUGUUGUGAAAAUGUUGAAAAUUGUAUACAAGUGUUAUCUUCUAUUCGUAUAAAUGCCGAUGAAGAAUUUCAAACAUUGUUUUUAGAAGUAAAAAAAAAAAAUUGA